CCUUUCCCAUGUCACCCAUUUCCACUGAAGACACUGUGCACCAAGCUCCAAUGUGGAUCCAACGCAGACUCUAAGCGAAGACUCAACGUGGCGAGAACCCAUUUCCAAAACCUCUGGCAAAAGAAUCCUCAUGUAUACCGACGUUCUGGACCAGUUCGCCCACAAUCUUGCAGAGAACAUAAUCCUCUCCUCUCUAGAACAAAUGGAAAAGUUGGAACCUGAGGCGCUACAACCCUUUCAAACACCAGAGAUCUUAGCCGAGGAGUUGGCAUCAGCAAUCGUUGAGGUCGCUCUGAAAGACGUCUGCUUUCCACCAUCAGAUGUUGAAAAGAACGAUUGUGAAGAAGCUGAAAAUGGGCUCCCUCUGGACGCUUCCGGAGAAGAAGAGGACCUGCUGGAACUAGAGAUGAUUUCCUUAAGGGAAUUACAGACCCACAGAAACUCUCAGUCCAACCAUCCACCUAUGUACCCAUCAGGCCUUCCUACUGUCGGUUCGCUGGACUACCCAGAUGCCCCUCCAACCACCCCCCUCAUCCCGGAGUUGGAGCGGAGCAGGAACAGUUUCGCUCGGAAGCUCAAAGGGGGGCUGGCAAAAGUCUUCCUGCCCUCUCCUCCUCCACCGACUCCAAAAGACAAGGACAACUCGGGCGGUGUGAUCAGUGACCCUCAAGUGGAACUGAUGGAGCAGCUCAUGCAUUCCCUGUCGACAAGCGACCUGGCGAGAGACGGCCUGCCGGCGCAUGGGGCCGGCGUGGAGGCUUUCGCAGAGGUUCUGUCGUGUGACGUGUUAAGCUGGGUCUUGAGCGUGAAAAACAAGCAGCAGGAGUCGGAUGAAAGCGAUCUUCAACAGCUGGCUCACCAACUGGCUGAAACAAUCAUCACUACAUCGCUGGAUAAAGCUAAAUCUGACCUCAAGUCUGACUAGUACGUGUCUGUUAAAGAGUUUUGACGUGAGGUCCUGCAAAAAUGUUUCGAGCAGGUAAUGUUUCAUUAUCAGGAGAUAACCCUGUUGGCAUCUUAAUUUAGUUAAAAGCCAGAAAAAUCCUAAAGAUAUAAGCUACUCUGAAAGGGAUUGAGACAUACGUAGACAUCGUCCCUUCUGGAAACGUCUCCAGUCACAUGUAGGGUUAAUGUAAAUGGUACUUCAUUAAAUGUACUUUUCUAAUAGAUUUUUUCUUCUUCUCUUUUCCCACGCUCAAAAAAACAAAACAAAAACAACCUCAAACGUUUUGUUUUUUGUACGUUUCACAAAGAAAGACGUUUGGUCGCACAAUGUUUCCUGUCUUCAUUCUCUGUGUGACACUCAAUCUGUUUGAUACUGACAACUUCCCACCACAAGCUCACAAAAUGGCAUCGACAUAAACUGCCUACCUAACCUGUAAAAGGAGCUGUUCCUUUUACUUUGGUUUCUGUCGUAUUGUUUAGUAUUCUGACUUCCUUUUUUGGCCCCGUGAAAGUAUUUCUUAAUAAAGCCAGUGUUGCUCAAAGUGUUGCCAAUGGCUAUAUUUGUUGCUUUGUCCCACUGAGAUCAAGUAAUGGAUCCAGCCCAAAGUAGAUGUAGGACUUUGGUGUCGCUCAUGCGGCUGCAGGGAUCCAGAACCUUUUGCAGUAGAUCCCCUUUAGAUGGCAGCACAGGAGAAAACUUCUGGCAUGUUUUCAGCCCGAUCCAAAAAGGAUCAGCUGGUCUUUCUUUUCUAAAAAAACACACAAAAAAAAACAACUGUCUUAAUUUGAAAGAGUGUAAAUUGAAUGUGUUUAAUGUAUGUAAUUUAAAAUAUGCAGAAUGUGUUUGCUUUGUUCUAUGUUCCCUUUCCCUGAACAGUUCUCCAUUAGUUGGGCUCAUGAGAAAAAGUAGAGCUGCAUGAAACACAUCUGAGAAAUAUUUAUUCCACCAAGCAUGGUACAUAGUCAAAUUAUUUUUAUGGUCAAGACUGUUCUCCUUACAUUCUGCUUUUACAACUUGUAUUAUGUGUGUUCAUAUUUUGAAUUUUGUCUUUUUGAUGUACAGUCUUGGUCAGGAACUUUUUGUGAAAAAGAUCAUUUCAAUGUCUUUAGGCUGAAUAAAGGGUGAAAUGGAUUGAAAAA